CUGCUGCUGUGUCUUAUUUUCACAUCGUUACCUGACAGGUGAAUCGCCCUGUCUCUUUACGGUGUUUUCCUAACAUUAUUAACAAACUUUUCUCGUCUACACUUUUUCUGGGAAUUAAUUUAAAAGAUGUCAAAUCUUCAACCACCCCCACAUCAGCAUGUGACCGUGGUACAACAGCCACCCACCCCUGUCUUCAGGGACAUCCCGGUCAACAUGGUCUGUCAGCAUUGCCACCAUCAAAUAACAACAGCCAUUUCCUUCGAAACAGGAACAUUAACCUGGAUUAUCUGUGGCGUUUUAAUUCUAUUUGGGUGCUGGCUUGGCUGCUGUUUGAUUCCGUUUUACGUUGAAGGAUGUAAGGACUGUGUUCACACAUGUCCAAAUUGUCAUCAAGUCGUUGGCAAGUUUACCAGGAUAUAAAUUUCCGGAGUCUGACCAAUCUGACCAAAAUUUAUUUAAAUUUUUUUUUCUUUUUCAUGAGUAUAUACCAUAUUUUGAAUAAAUUGAGUAGUGUAUCUAUUAUAUUCAGAUUUUCAGAGGUCCAAAUAGUGAGUGUUAAGGAUAUAUUUAGUUUAUGAAGAACAAUUACCCUUUUAUUCAAUAUAAACUUUUAUAAAUCGUAGUAAAUUAUUGAUAAAUAACUUGCUAAAACAAGAAUAGCGACAGUCUCCUUUAAAAUCAUUUCGUAUGUCAAUGGCCGAUAUUAUGAACUUGUCAGCAAACACA